GACCCGGAAGUGUAAUUAUAGUUCCGGUUUGCGUCAAACGUAUAAACAACAGUUGGCGGUAAAGAUGGAGCCCGUUCAGAGCGAAGCUUCAGCUGGCGAGAAAACAACAAACCAGGAAUUUAGAGUUCAGGUGACUUCGAAGAGAGAAGUAAUCCAGCAAAUAAAUGAAUACAAAGACCUGUUAAGGACGGCUCUGGACGGACAGCCGGACGUCGCAGAGGAGACGAAGAAGAUGUUGCUACAGGAGCUGCUGGAGAACUUUGAGGCAGCUGUUCAGGCCAAUGUGUUGGUGGACGGAAAACCGUGGGAGGAGGCACCGGACCUCGAAGCAGAAGAUUUCGAGGCCACCGAUCUGGAGAGCGUCCUGGACGAUGCCAUCGUGGAGACCACCAGGAGGCGCCGUGUCUACCCCCGACAGAUCCUUCCACACGCCGUCCACGCCCUCAAGGCUGAGCGCAAAAUUAUGGGGCUCUAUGAGAACACGGUCAAGCCUCAGGAGAUAAUCAAAGACCCUGAUCAAGAGAACAUCAUGCUCCAUUUAUCAUCGGCUGCUCCUGAGGUGGUGAAGGAGGUCGACCAGGUCAUAAAGUCGAUCAACACGCUGCAGAAACAAGCCCGAGGCCUCUGUGAGAUCCUCAGCACCAAACCCAGUCAGACCUCGGCGGAGAUCCACAGGGAAGUGCUCGGUUCUUGCGGCCCAUCGGACGCCGCCACAGGCUCUCAGAGACACCGGCAGCCAAUCAAGAGAGCGGCGGAGGAAGCGGCCGCCGCCCAGUGCUACGUCCCCCCGACCAAGAAACCAGACGGCACCGUGGGAGAGUGACGCUUCCUGCUAACGCGGCUUUGAGUUCGGACUAAAGACUUUUCUUCUUCUUCUUUUUUUUUUCCUGUACAGUUUUUCAAGUUUCAUUAUUAUUAUUUUUUUUUUUUUUUGUUAUUAUUUGGACAAUUAAUCAGCUGAGCACAACCACAAGGGGGCGCCCAGGCUCCUGUUAUUGUGAUGAUAUUACAGCAAAAUAAAUAAAUGAAUACUAAGAUACUUCAGUGAAACCAAACGGACGCUUCGAUGGAGCAGAAAGUCUCAGUUUGUCACGUUUGGAAACUGUUCCUCUUAAAUGUUCUCACUCUGACCCAACGUCUGGUUUCUUCCUUGUGUGAAUCCAUCACAACUGGUUUAUAAGAAGUUAGAUUUCCCACAAAAUAUUUGAAUUUUUCUGUCUUUUCAAACAUUAAAAUCUGCCCUGCUGGUUCAUGUCCAUCUGUUUCCUAAUAAACUGUAGUAGU